GACCUGUUUGCACUGGGCCUCUAAGCGGAACCAUGCUCAAGUGGUGUCCUGCCUGCUGGAUGCUGGUGCAGAUAAGCAGAUCCUCACGGCCAAAGGAGAGCUGGCUGCCCAGUUGACUUCAAAACCAGACAUCCGGAAGAUUUUGGGAGAGGAAGAAACGGAAUGUCAAGGAGCGAAGGAUUUAAAUUUGCCAAUUGUUGCAAACUACUUGGCCAACCCACCGUUCCCUUACGUUUACACUGAAGAAGCCGUUCCAGCCAGCUUGGCCGAGUCCCAGCACGAAAGCGCUUCCACCUCUCCCGCCUCCCAGGGCGACGCCAGCCCUUGUUCCUCGGCCGGGCGGGCCGAAGGCGUUCGCACACCCCCGUCAUGCCCCACUCCAGAACCUGAAGCCCCGCACGGCCCCGCUGCCCGGCCUCCCGGCAGGGGUCUGUCCCCGCCCGCAGCGCCCGAACAGGCUGUUCCUCUGCAAACCGACACGUCACCGACGGGUCCCGCCCCGACGUUUCAGCCUUUUUUCUUUACUGGAACUUUCCCAUAUAACAUGCAAGAACUUGUGCUUAAGGUGAGAGUCCAGAACCUGAGAGACAAUGACUUCAUUGAAAUUGAACUGGACAGGCAAGAACUGACCUAUCAAGAUCUGCUCAGAGUGAGUUGCUGUGAACUGGGCAUUAAUCCAGAACAAGUAGAGAAGAUAAGAAAAUUACCUAAUACGCUAGUAAGAAAGGACAAGGAUGUUGCCAGACUUCAGGACUUCCAGGAGCUGGAGUUAGUCCUUGUGAAAAGCGACAGCUCUCCUUUCAGGAACGCUGCGUCAACUUUGACGGAGAGACCGUGCUACAACAGCAGAGCAUCGAAGCUGACUUACUGA